AUGUUCUUUGCGGAAUAUUACUACAUACAUGGAUGGAAACUAGCGAUGCAUUGUAGCAUUCCAUAUGACCGGCUGUCGGAGUGUUCGUUUCGGAAGUCAAGAAAGCAACCACCAACGCCACCGAUUUUGAUCCCUACGGCUGGGACGUCUGAUGUGGGGGUCGAUGCGCAGUGGAGAAGAAACGCCAGCCUAGAGUCCAUAUUUGACAUCGGGCAACUUUAUUAG